AUGUCGAGCAAUCCUGGUCCAUCAAAACCACUUGCAACGCUGAACACUAGUACACCUCAUCAAACAAGAAAAAAGUCUAGUUUUACAGAAGCUGGAGACGAGGAUAGUCCGACCGAUCCAACAUCGCCAUCAAAUCAUUAUAGCGAUAAUUCACACUUUAUGAAUCCACCGCCAAAUAAUUAUCCUCAAGUUACUUUCCCAACCUCAUCAAAUAGUAUCGCUUCAUCACGUAGCCGUCCAAAUCCAAUGAAUCAUCAUCAUAGCACAUCAGCAUUACAUACAAUGUAUUGGUGUAAACCAAGGGUCUAUGGAGAUCCACCUCCAGCCUGCCGCGCCCACUCGUCGGCGCUGGUGGAUAAAAAACUAUUUAUUUUUGGAGGUGGAGAUGGGCCUAUUUAUUUUAAUGAUUUAUAUAUUUUUGAUACGGAUAGCCUCACAUGGAGCCGUCCGCUCACAACAGGAGAUGUACCUUCACCACGAAGAGCACACACCACAGCACAUUAUAAUAAUCGUAUAUAUGUGUUUGGUGGUGGUGAUGGUGUUCGUGCCCUUAACGAUGUUUAUGUAUUAAACAUCUCAGAUUUGAAUAAUUUAGUUUGGGAAAAGAUAGAACCUUUGGGAACGCCACCAAUAUCUCGAGGAUAUCAUACGAGUAAUUUGGUGGGAAACAAAUUGGUGGUUUAUGGUGGAAGCGACGGGCAUGAAUGUUUCAAAGACAUUCACGUAUUAGAUUUAGAAAUAAAUACAUGGUUUAAUAUUGCCAUGGAAAGUUCCUAUCCACGACUCUCGCACACAGCGACUCAAGUAGGCUCAUACUUGUUUGUCGUGUGUGGUCACGACGGAACUAAAUAUACCUCCGAUGUGUUACUUUUAAAUUUAGUAACAAUGCAAUGGGAAACUCGUAAAGUUUACGGUUCACCACCCUCGGGUCGAGGCUAUCAUACUGCGGUAUUAUACGACUCGAGAUUAUUUGUAUUCGGUGGCUAUGACGGCCACUCGGUAUUUGAUGAAGUUUUUGUGUUGGACCUUUCAGCGUGUGCAUAUCUCCCGCAAAUUACGAAUUUCCAAUUACCGGGAUUAUAA